AUGGGCAGUGCUGAUGGUUCCCUGACCAUCACUGAUGUGCGAGUGUCAGAUGACGGAAUCUACACCCUGCAGCUCAUCUCUGUGGAUGGGACCAGUGGCCAUUAUGCUAUGCUACUUGUCUCUAGUAAGGGCAUUCCUGGCGAGAACCUGCAGCAGCCCUGGAUGGCAGCCCAGAACCUGGCUCCAGUGGAGCACGUGGACUCCUUGAAUUUGACGUGCGUUUCCCCAAACAGUGAUGUGACAGUCUGGUGGUUUCAAAAUCUCGAGGUGAUUCGGGAAGGAGAUGGACCAGCAAUCCCCAGGGAUGGCAGGGCCCUCACCAUCUCCACAGUCACACGAAAUAACCCUGGCACCCAGCACUGCGGGGCCAGGAACCACCUGGGAUCCAGGCUCAGUGAAGCCCUCAUGGUUGACGUGGCCUGUGAUUGGGUGGACAGGUUAGCCUAUGCUCUGUCAGGACUCAACAUUUCUACCUCUUCCUAAUUUUCUGCAGAGACACUUCCCCAGCCCAGUGUCACAGCCAAUAACUUAGCCCCAGUGGAGGAUGUGGAAUCCAUCAGCCUGCACUGCUUCCCCCCAGGGAGCACUGUGGCCCUCCAGUGGUAAGUCAGUGGCCAGAAUCUCUUCACUGGAGGCUGCAGGGAGCUGUCCUCAGACCAUAGGACACUGACUCUGCAAAACAUCACGAGGAACAACAUGGGGCUCUACCCGUGUGAGAGCUGGAACCGAGCCACCAGCGGCGUCGGCAACCCCAUUCUCGUCAAGGGGCUGCUUGAGCCCAUGGGGUCCGCUGACCUAUGGGGCCACCGCUGGGCAGGAAUUCUGUUCUCAGCCUCACUUUUGACCGUGUGGAGCCUGCCAGCUGCAGCCCAGCUCACCCCUGAUGCCAACCUGCUUGAAGUCACCCAAAGUGAGAAGGAUGUUGUUCCGUCUAUAUUUGGGACCCCUUGGUCACCCUAGACUCAUGGUAGAUUCAGAUCGCUGGCCAAGCCCACCGUUUCAGUCAGCCAGGGCACAGCCAUAGAGCACAGGGGAAAUGUGACCUUCUACUGUGACACCAAAGAUGUCAACAUUACCAUUUACUGGUUCUCCAACAAUCAGCCCCUGGUGUUCCAUGAGCGCAUGCAGCUGUCCACAGAUGGCAAGACCCUCACCAUCUUCCCUGUCCAGCGGGAAGACACCGGGACUUACCAGUGUGAAGUUUGGGGUGUCCUCCAGGUCAUAAGCAGCGACCCCACCCUCCUGGUUGUGAUCUAUGGUCCUGACCCCGUCAAAAUCAAGGUGGAGUCCGGUGUACCCAACGGGCAGGCAGUUGAGGUGAUAGAGGGCAGCAACGUGACCUUCUCGGUAGAAACUCAGUCUCUCCCACCCGCUGACUAUUUAUGGUUUUUCCCCAAUGACUCGAAGCCCAUCACGAGCUCGUUUCUCACCGCAAGCACAUUUAUCAUCUAUGCCGUGUCCAGAGAACACGAGGGCACAUACAGCUGCUUGGUGUCCAACAGUGCCACCCAGCUGUCCCACAAGGCUACUCUUGAAUUCCAUGUCCUUGAAAGGCUGACCAAGCCUUGCAUCAUGCCCCCGAACCAGACUCUCAUAGAGAACGCCAGCCUGGUGGCCCUGACCUGCCAGGCCACCCCUAAGGGAGCUGCAGUCCAGUGGUUCCUGUGGGGCCAGCUCCUUCUGCCCAGCAAGCACCUGGUGCUGUCAGCUGACAACAGGACCCUGGUCAUCCAUGGCCUUCAGCGCAAUGACACAGGGCCCUAUGAGUGUGAGGUCUGGAACUGGAGCAGCCGGGUGCGGAGUGACCCCCUCAAGUUGAACAUCAGCUAUGGCCCUGAUCGGGUGGACAUCACCAGGGGGUCGGCGUCCAAGGUGGUCAGCACCAUCAAGGCGGAGCUCAACUCCAGCCUGACCCUGCAGUGUUGGGCUGAAUCCCAGCCGGAUGCUGAGUUUCACUGGACCCUUGAACCCUCCACGAGUGUCUGUACGGGGGAGCAGCUGGUCAUCGAGGCCCUGACGUGGGAACACCAAGGGAUUUACAGCUGCACAGCUUUUAACUCUCUCACCCACCUGGCCCGCUCUGCCUCAGUCCUGGUCAGAGUGAUAGGUCCCGGGUCAUCCCUCUCUGAAGGGGCCAUCGCUGGCAUUAUCAUCGGGAUCCCGGCUGUCAUUGCUCUGGCCGCAGGGCUGGGCUGUUUCCUCUACAUCAGAAUUGCCAAAGGGCCCUCAAGGAGAACAACAGAGGAAUGCAUCUAUGAGGUCACGACACCCACCUCUGAAGAGGGUCACCUUGCAGAGCCCGGUCGCAGUAAGUGA